AAAGGUUCAAAUGAAUGAUGAUCUCAACGUGGACGCACGAAACUCUAGAUUCUCCGUCGUAAAGAGAGAAUAUCACAAGAGGGAAUAGAAUAAUCUUCAAAACUAGGAUAAUCUACAAAUAUUGUCAAUUGGAGUUCGUUUUUCUUGAUAUUUGUCAAUGAAGUCGAACGACGAAAUGGAUCGCAUUCCUCCCUUACCCAACGAUAUCGAAGCUAUAAUCUUCGAUUGUGAUGGAACACUCGUAGAUACAAUGCCUUUUCAUUUACAAGCUUGGGCACAAAUCUGUGAUGAAACAGGACUGUUUUACUCCAAGGAGAGUUUCAUUGCCAAGGCUGGAAUCCCUGGAAGAGAGAUUAUACGAACGAUGGCUAAGAGUCAAGGAAUUUAUUUGGACGUUAUGAAUGUUUACAAUCGCAAGAAAGCUUUAUAUUUACAAGGAAUAAGAAGAGCGACUCCCGCGUCUCUUCCAGUAUCCUGCGUUGUCAACUUUGCCGUUGAGGCAAAGUCUAUCAAUGAUUCCAUAUUAUUUGGUGUUGCAACGGGUAGUUCUCGUUAUCAAGUCGAGGAAGUUCUUGGAUUAGCUGGACUACGCCAUCUGUUCGACGUUGUUGUUGGCAAUGAAGAUUAUUCGCUUCAUAAACCAAAUCCCGACGCCUUUUUGACGGCUUGUGAAAAAUUAAACGUCGACCCGACAAAAUGUUGGGGUUUCGAGGAUACAGAGAUCGGUCUAGAGUCUAUCAGAAGUGCGGGUUUUAACAAAGCCAUAGACGUGCGAUUACUAUCUGGUUAUCCAGCGUGAAACACUUUCACAACACCAGACACCAUCAAGUUAUCUUUCUUACACCCACAGAGUCUUUGUUUGAUCUUUUUGACACAUCAAAAAACAGAACUUGUGCGAGGAAGUGACAUAUCUAUGGGGAGUAGGGUGUGUUUCUACUGGACGUCUUUUGAAGGUAUCUUACCCAUGCAGGACAGGACAAAUUCAUACAAUCCUCGGGUACACGAACACUGGAGUAAUGACGGCGUCUGUCAAACAUUGUUGUCCACCUUGUAUUUAUUGCAACACGAGGAGAUAUCUUAAUAUAUAUUUACCAAAUGUAUUUAAACAGGGUUAUUGUUGAGAGAGUCGAAUGCUAAAUUGUUACAAAAUGUUGCAAAUUACGAUCAAAAUAAUGAAAAUCUGAACUUCA